UCGCUUACCGCGAUUCUUCAUCAGGCACAGCUUCGGAGAAGUCUGCUUUGCUAAUCUGACAAAAAAAGACCAAAUCUACACUUUGAAAAGUAACAUGAAUACAGUUAGUUGCUGGCACUGGCUUGAAUUCACUUCUUGGGACUGAUAAUAUAAAUUUCUGGUGCUGAGCCGUGGAACUUGUGCAAGACUGCUUCAAUGCAUCUCCUCAUGUGUGUGUUUAAUGAGACCGUAUGAGAGUGACGGAAGAAAGUGACAUAUUGUUGAGCCAGCAAUGUAUGUCUAUAAGCAGUAGCAUACACGCUGUGUGUGUCUGGGUGUGUAUGUGUUGAGUGUGUGUGUGUGAUGUCGGGUGACACCAGCACCCUGUCCUGGAGGAGCGUGUCUCCCACCAGCCAGUCAGAUUCCUCGGAUCUGUCUCCCUCGGCAACUGUCACCAGGGACGGCAUCUUCCCGGUGAAGAUCAUCAAAGUGUGUUUCCUUAGCAACAGCUCCAACCUGGGCAAGAACUUCAAACUGGUCCGUUGUGAGGAGGGAUGGACUGUCAAGGAUGUUGUUAAAGUGGUGCUGUCCAGUGGCUGUGUGGGUCCAGACAUAAAAUACACCUUAUGCUACGGCCUUCUACUCAAACACCUCAAGUCCUCGGUGAUACACUGGCUGCACCCAGACCUGACUGUGUCUGAACUCACCCAGCGCUACGAGCAGCAGCACCUAGAAGCUGAGUGGAGAUACGACCUGAGGAUCAGAUACAUCCCAUCAGACUUCUUGGAGAAAUUUAAAGAUGACAGAACCACGAUGCUGUACUUUUACCAGCAGGUACGAAGUGACUACAUGCAGCAGUAUGCCUCAAAAGUCAGCGAUGGGAUGGCUCUACAGCUUGGUUGUCUGGAAAUUAGGAGAUUCUACAAAGACAUGAAUCCAAACGGACUGGAGAAAAAGUCCAACUUUGAACUAUUAGAGAAAGACGUAGGGCUGGACCUGUUCUUUCCCAGAGAGCUGAUUGACAGCAUGAAGCCCAAACAGUUACGUCGGCUCAUCCAGCAGACGUUCCAGGGCUACUCCACUCUGAAGCAGGACCAGUGCAUGGCCCGGUUCUUCACCACUCUGGCUCAAUGCCACAGCUACACACAGGAGAGCUUCGCCUGCCAGCUAGUGCACGGUUGGAGUCUAACAAUAGACCUGGUCAUUGGCCCUGACGGCAUCAGUCAGCAAAUAGAAAACUCUACGCCCGUCUGUUUGGCCACAUUCUCUCAGGUGCGCAGUAUCUCCUGCUCUGCUGAGAGUGACGGUCGGGCUCUGCUCACUGUAAACAUAGAGGGAGCCAAACAGCCUCUGUCAGUGAACACUUCCUCUCUGGCUAUGGCGGAAAACAUGGCCGACCUGAUUGACGGCUACUGUCGGCUGGAAGGCAGCUCUGAGAGGUCGCUCAUUACCCGGCCCAGCAAAGGGAGAGACGCAAGACAGAAACUACCUGACAUCCCAAAACCUGUUGUUUCCAGUGGUCCCAGCAAAGGUUCGGACAUUUAUGCUGAGAUUCCAGAGGGCACAGCAGACACUGGUGAGAAGUACAGGAUCUCCAGAGAUGACGUUGUCGUGGGUCGAAUCCUGGGUGAGGGAUUCUUUGGAGAGGUUCACGAUGGAGUUUAUAAAAGCCCCACUGGAGAGAGGAUCAAUGUGGCCAUCAAAACCUGUAAGGACUGUUCGGCUGAGGUGAAGGAGAAGUUUCUCAGUGAAGCUGGCUUGAUGAAAAAUCUGGAUCAUCCCCACAUUGUGCGACUGAUCGGAGUCAUUGAGGUCGAUCCUGUCUGGAUCGUCAUGGAGCUCUAUGAGCAUGGAGAGCUGGGGAGCUAUCUCCUGGAGGAGAAGUACAUCCUGACCACGGCAACUUUAAUCCUGUACUGUUUACAAAUCUGCAAAGCCUUGGCUUACCUGGAGGGACUCAAUAUGGUGCACAGAGAUAUAGCGGUGAGAAACAUCUUGGUGGCUUCUCCCGAGUGCGUCAAGCUUGGUGACUUUGGUCUGUCUCGCUAUGUUGACGAACAAGAGUAUUACAAAGCCUCAGUCAGUCGAUUACCGAUCAAAUGGAUGGCACCAGAGUCCAUCAACUUCAGACGCUUCACCACAGCUAGCGAUGUCUGGAUGUUUGGUGUGUGUGUAUGGGAUAUCUUCUCCAUGGCCCAGCAGCCAUUCUUCUGGCUGGAGAACGGGCAGGUGAUCAACCAGCUGGAGUCUGGAGUUCGACUCCCUAAACCGCAGCAAUGCCCGCCCCCGGUCUACUCCCUGCUCACCCGCUGCUGGUCCUACGAGCCGCACGGCAGGCCCACCUUCAGCCAGCUCGUCUGCUCCCUCAGUGACAUCCACAGGAUGGAGUUGGAGCAGGGGUCAAGGCAAGACAGACGGCGCUCCACCGCAUUGACAUUUAACCCAAACCUCACCACAGAGCCUCCACCCAAGCCAUCCAGAGUACAAGGCAACACCCUUCCUCGAAUCACAAACAUACAGGGAAAAAACAGAGAUACCCGGCCAGUGUGGGAGAAAGAGAAAGAGCAAGUGGAGGACAUUUUACAAAGACAAAGAAGAGAGAUGCUGAUGGAUAAACAGUGGCUGGAGCAAGAGGAGAGACAACUGGACCUGGUUGUGCGAGUGGAUACACACCUCAAGCCACCCAAAAAAAGCCCAGAAAAUGGUCCUCCAGAGAAGCCACCAAUGCCUCCCACAAUCACACAGCCUCGGCCCACAGCUGAGCUGGACCGAUCAGGUGACCAUGUUUACCUCGGCGUCAUGGCGAUGGUGAAACAGGUGGUCCAGCUGAAGAAUGAUGUCAACACACUGCCAGCCUCCGAGUAUCCCAACGCUGUCAAAACGGUUGGUAUCACUCUCCGUAGCCUGAUCCAAAGUGUCGACGAGAUCCUGCCCUCUCUUCACAGCUCCAUUACAACAGAGAUUGAGGGCACUAAGAAAUUGCUAAACAAGGAUUUAGGGGAGCUGAUCAACAAGAUGCGACUGGCCCAGCAGAACUCCGUAACAUCGCUGAAGGAGGAAUGUCAGCGGCAGAUGCUGGCGGCCGCUCACACCCUGGCACUGGAUUCCAAAAACCUGUUGGACGCUGUGGACCAGGCUCGAGUCAGGGCCAACCUGGCCAAGCCCAAACCUAUCUCACAAGAAGCAGAGCAUCCUGGGGAAUGAAAUCCCCUGUUGAUCAAAUGGACUUUAAAAAAAGGACAUGAAAUUUGGGUCGAAUUAUAAGCGGAUGAGUUACUGUUUUCAUGCCAAUGACAAGAUGUGAUAAUAUAUUUGUUUUUUCUCCUAAAAAAUAAAAUCAUGUUAACUUGAAGGGGA